AUGUCUUGUAUUGAGUUUACUGUGAACGGACGAAAAUGUUCAGUAAACAAUCAAACAAGUCGCGAUACGACAUUGUUCGCGUUCCUCAGAUAUCACUUAGGCCUCCCUGGCACAAAGGCCAUGUGUCACCAAGGAGUCUGCGGAUCGUGUAUAGUUAACGUGUGUGCUAGAAGACAGACGACUGGUGUCAUUGAAACUUUUUCUGUAAAUUCUUGUCUAGUACUGGUGUUCUCUUGCCACGGAUGGGAUAUAACGACAGUCGAAGGAGUCGGAAGUCGAAGUGCUGGAUACAGCGAAAUACAAAAACGAAUAGCUUCCUUUAAUGGUACCCAGUGUGGAUACUGCACUCCUGGAUGGGUUAUGCAGUUAUAUAGUCUUCUACCAAAAAAGUUAACCAAGGCGGAAUUAGAAAAUUCUUUUGGCAGCAACACAUGUCGAUGCACGGGGUACAGGCCUAUAUUGGACACCAUAAAAUCCUUCGCUAUAGACGCUGAUCCACCAUACAUCAAUGAUAUCGAAGAAAUUUCCACUUGCCUUAAAAAUAAAACCAAAUUAUGUGAAAGACGUUGUUCUAUGAGUAGCGAUUGGAGUGUUGUCAGUAAUGGGAAAAGUCUGAAUGAUAUGAUAGUACUAAAUUUUGGAGGAACUAUGUACUUAAAAGUGUUUGAGGAAGAACAAAUUUUUCACGUUGUAGAGACGUACAACAUCAAUCCCUACAUGCUUAUUGAUGGGAACACUGGAAAAGCUGUCCUAAAAAACUUCGAAUAUGCUUCAGUUUUGAUAGACAUUAGCGAUGUGACGUCACUAAAGCAAUACCAUUUCGAUCAGAACCUAAUCCUCGGGGCAAAUAUCUCUAUAGAAGACUGUAUCGAUAUAUUUAAAGCUAUCGCCGUGAAUACUAGCGAUUUUGGAUAUUUAGAACAACUUGCUAAGCAUUUAGACUUAGUUGCCCACGUUUCCGUUAGAAAGAUUGGUUCGUUAGCUGGUAAUUUGAUGAUAAAGCACACGAUGCCAUCUUACCAAUCAGAUAUUUUCCUGAUUUUCGAGGCGGUAGGAGCGAUGAUCAAUAUACGCAAUUCCCACGGCGAAUCAAGCACAUUGAGUUUGCCCAAGUUUCUGAAAUUUGAUAUGAAUGAUAAAUUGAUUGUAAGCAUACAGGUACCGCCGCUUGGGUCUAAUCACAUUUUCAGGAGUUAUAAGAUAAUGCCAAGAAGUCAAAACGCAUUAGCAAUUGUGAAUGCGGCUUUCAAUUUGAAAUUUAACUUUAGCACCAACGUUAUAGAAAAAGCUACGAUAGUGUAUGGGAACAUAUCACCAGAUUUCAUCCACGCAACUAAAACAGAGAAAUAUUUAAGGAAUAAAAAUAUUUUUAACAAUCAAAUAUUGCAAGGCGCUAUAAAUGUGUUGAGUAAAGAAAUCAUUGCAAAGGACGAACCUCCUAAAGCAACACCAGAAAUGAGAAAGAAAUUGGCAAUUGGUUUGUUUUAUAAGUUCGUCCUCAGCAUUUGCCCAUCAAACAUCAUCUCCGCUAUAUACAAAUCAGGGGGUGUCCCGAAUCCUCGACCACUUUCCAGCGGACACCAAGAUUUUCAAACAGACUCCUCACUAUUUCCCUUAAAUCAACCUUUAGAUAAGCUUGAAGCUGUAAUACAGAGUUCGGGAGAAGCGCAAUAUGUGAAUGAUAUUCCGCCAUUACCAAAUCAAGUGUUUGCUGCAUUUGUUCUGUCGACAGUACACGGCGGUGAUGUGGACGUCGUUCAAAGAGAUAUUUUGAAAAUGGAGGGCGUCAUUGCUUUGUACACCGCUAAAGACAUCCCCGGCGUAAAUUCAUUCACAAUCCCGGGAUUCCAAUUGCAAACGGAAAAUGAGGAGAUAUUGGUGAAUACAAAUAUUAAAUAUUACGGACAACCCGUUGCCAUAGUCGUAGCCCGUACCCAAGAUUUAGCCGCUAGAGCUGCGAAUUUAGUCAAAGUUACUUACAAAAAUGUUCCAAAAACUCCUCCAGUGCUAACCAUAAACGAAGCGAAAAAGGAUAGUAAGAGAGUGUUAACUGGCGAUACGAUUAAUCCGAAGGGCAAAGGGACUGAUGUGAAGAAAGUGAUUAAGGGUGUCUUUGAAAUAAAGGCACAGUAUCAUUAUUACUUAGAGCCCUUAAGUUGUGUGGUGGUGCCCGUGGAUAAGGGCUUGGAAGUGUAUGAUACGACACAGUGGAUGGAUCUCACUCAAGCUUCCGUCGCAAGGAGUUUGAAUAUACAGGAAAGCAACGUGCUAGUGCGCGUGCGCCGCAUCGGCGGCGGGUUCGGCGGCAAGAUCAGCCGCAACGUGCAGGUGGCGUGCGCGGCCGCGCUCGUCGCCACGCGCCUCGACAAGCCGUGCCGCUUCAUACUGCCUCUGAGAACUAACCUCACUAUUGCGGGACGACGUUUGCCCUGUCAGUGCGAAUAUGAGGUCGGUGUGGACGAUGUUGGUAAAAUCCAAUAUCUAAAUGCAGUAAUAACAGAGGACGAUGGGUGUUCGCACAACGAGAAUUUACUGAGUUACACUGCGGGAGGGUUCCCUAACUGCUACAAUACUGAUUAUUUUAACUUGAAGACCUUUUCUGUGACCACGGAUACACCUUCUAACACGUUUGCUCGAGCCCCUGGCACAUUGGAAGGCAUAGCAUGUAUAGAAAAUAUAAUGGAGCAUAUAGCCACUGUCUUACAAAAAGACCCCACUGAUGUACGCUUAGCUAACAUGAGGACUGACGAUAACGACAUACCACAACUGAUGGAGAAUUUAAAGAAGAAAGCCAAUUACGAUCAACGUUUAAAAGACAUAAAUACCUUUAACAAAAACAACAGAUGGAUAAAAAAAGCUAUCAAAAUCAACGUAAUGUUGUUCCCGGUGAUUUACUUUGGUAACUACUCGGCCAUGGUGUCUAUAUACCGUGGCGAUGGUACCGUCACAGUCACUACUGGGGGAAUAGAAAUGGGUCAAGGAGUGAACACUAAAGCUGCUCAAGUAUGCGCGUACGAAUUAGGCAUUCCCGUUGAAAAAGUAGCAGUAAUACCAAGCUACUCAUUCGUGGCAGCCAAUAACAUAUUUUCGGGAUCAAGUAUAGUUAGCGAGAGUGUGUGCUACUCGAUCAUCAAAGCCUGCAGGACACUGACAGAGAGAUUGAAAGCUACAAAAGAAUCACUAACAAACCCAACUUGGUUGGAUGUGGUUAAAAAGGCUGCUGAAGACCAAAUAGAUUUGACUGCGACUUAUAUGAUGAAUGAUAAGGACCCAGAGUUGCAAGGUUAUAGCGCAUUCGCGGUCACGAUAUUAGAGGUUCAGCUGGAUUGUUUGACGGGACGCUUCGAGGUGGACCGAGUGGAUAUACUGGAGGACGUGGGAUUGAGUGCCAAUCCUAAAAUUGAUGCUGGACAGGUAGAAGGAGCGUACGUGCAAGGACUAAGCUACUACACGUACGAGAACUUCAUCUACAACGAGACGACCGGCGAGCUCCUCAACAACAGCGCUUUAGAUUACGAUUUGUUCUUAGCUAAGGACAUCCCAAUUAUAUUCAAUGUUUAUUUCAGAUAUAAUUCUAAGAAUCCUAAAGGCGUGUUGGGAUCUAAAGCUGUGGGUGAGAUGGGGAUAUGUUCCUCAAACGGCAUCCUGUACGCGUUACGGCAGUGCAUCAUGGAGUCGCGCAAGGACUCCGGGUACGAUCCGCACGAGUGGAUAGACAUCGAUAUUCCAAUGACAACAGAAUCCAUACUGAAGGCGUUGAACACUAAAACAAGCGAGUUUCUUUUAGAA